UACCAGACGUGCAUGCAGGGAGUACCUGGAGCGCAGGGCAGGGAUGGGAACCCGGGGAUGAAUGGCAUUCCAGGCACACCAGGAAUCCCUGGAAGAGACGGACUGAAGGGCGAGAAGGGAGCGUGUGUGACUGAGAGGUUUGAGGAUCCCUGGAAACCCAACUUCAAACAGUGCGCCUGGAAUUCUUUAAACUACGGCAUUGAUCUGGGCAAAAUAGCCGAGUGCACGUUCACCAAGCAGCGUUCAGACAGCGCUCUGCGUGUGCUCUUCAGUGGUUCUCUCAGGCUCAAGUGUAAGACGGCCUGCUGUCAGCGCUGGUACUUCACCUUUAAUGGGGCAGAAUGUACCGGACCGCUACCCAUAGAGUCCAUUAUUUACCUGGACCAGGGCAGCCCCGAACUCAACUCCACCAUUAACAUACACAGGACUUCCACAGGUACCAUUUAUAAACUAUAGAUCAUUACUUUUUGUUUUCUAUAAGACAGUAAAUUUACAAGAUUGGAAAGCUGACACAAAGUGUACAUAGUCAAAAUAAGAUAAA